AUGCAACCAUUCGACCGUUCCCGUGUACAUCUGAGUUUCAAGGAGCAGUGGGAAGAGUUUUCCUCUAGUCGACUAGUGUUUAAGCGUAUACGUAGUUUUCACGCUGGUAAAAAAAUGUCUCAUAUAAAGGUCAAGAACGACUACGAUGGUGAUCUUCAAGGUCUGGUGAGAUCCACGGGCUACUUGUUUCUGUUGCUCAAAAAUGGCCCCGAAAGGUGGCUUUGUCUGAUUCCAUUACAAUCAUUUCAGUUUCCCUUUGUUGGUGUUCCCAUUUUAUCGCCAGGGAAUCCGUAUCUCUGCAGAAAUGCUCUGUUCAUUACAGUACAGUCUACGUGCAGACCUUCCAAUGCUACAGCUUCUGCAUUGUCGAUUGGCCAACUGCAGUUGCAGCAAUGUUUUGUUGUUGCUGCUGCAGUUGCAGUUGGGGGUCCACUUUAUAUCACUGUUGUGUCUUCAAUGUUCCUUCGUUUCACAAAACCGAAUCCUGAAUCGAUAUGGUUUGCUGGAAUUGCUGAUCGUGAUUUGUGA